CGAGUUGGCGAGAGGACGAAUACGAGCUCGAACGGAUCGAAAAAAGUCCUCUCGUCACUCGAAGCAAGUCAGUGGAGGCAAGAGAAGAGGCAGCCAUGGCUAACACUAAUGCGCCUGCCCCUCGAGUAAUGGAGGCGAAAGGAUGGAGGGGAGACGAGGACGAGGAGGAGGGAGUAGAAAGGAGGAGGGAGGAGGGCGAGGGGAGACGAGGAGGAAAAAAGAGGAGGAGGAGGAGAAAGGAGGGGGGAGGAGGAGGAAGAGGAGGAGGGGGGAGGAGAAACGAGGAGGCAGGAGGACGAGGGGAGAGGAGGAGGAGAGAGCUGGAUGACGAGGACGAGAAAGGGGGCUCGCCACGACAGGAGGAGAGCGGAGGAGGGAGGAGGAACGAGGAGGGAGGAAGGGAAUUGAAAUUGCAUGUUCUUGACAUCACCUGCAGGCCUCGCAUCGGUAUCGCAGGUGACAGCAUGGGCUCGCAUCGUACCUCCCGAUGUGUGUUUGUGGGAAACAUUCCUUAUGAUGCCACAGAAGAGCAGUUGAUUCAAGCUUGCGAGGAGGUGGGUCCGGUUGUAUCUUUCCGGUUGGUGAUAGACCGGGAGACGGGGAGGCCAAAAGGUUAUGGGUUCUGUGAGUUUCGAGAUGAGGAGACCGCACUGAGCGCGCGAAGGAAUUUGCAAGGUUACGAUAUCAAUGGCCGGCAGCUUCGGGUUGACUUUGCGGAGAAUGCAAAGAACUACUAUCAUUCAUCUGAUAACCGUGGAGGGGGGGGAGGAAGGGUGGGGUCAGGUAUACUGCCAAACACACAUGGUGGUUAUGACAGACAUGCGGGACGGGGCAUGACAUCACAGCCGCUUGCCGGGAUGGCGGGAGGUGUUCAGUCCCUUCCAGUACCACCUGUAAUACAACCGGCAAUGCCAGAAGCAGUUGGUCACGCAGCUGCAGCAGCUGCUGCGUUGACCAUGACAAGCCUUCUUGGCGGAGCCUCGCAACCGCAGCAACCACAGCAGCAGCAGCAGCAAGGUGUUAUGAUGGCAUCCCUGCAAGGUGCUAUGGCAGGCGGUGCUGGCCAGCCACAGUUGAUGAAUGGUGUGCAGGUAGGUCAGGGAAAUGCUGCAGGAAUUCCUGGAGGAGUAGCCGCCCCAGGCACGGCUGCUCCUGGAAAUGAACCCCUUACGGCAACACUGGCUGGCAUGUCCAAAUCUCACCUUUAUGACAUCAUGGUCAAAAUGAAGGCAGCUAUUCAGCAGAAUCAUCAACAGGCACGGGGUAUUCUCGUGCAAAACCCUCAGCUGACUAAGGCGCUGUUUCAGGUUCAGAUUAUCCUCGGGAUGGUAAAACCCACGUCAAUUCCGCCAGCAGUUCCACAUCAGGUGGCACCACAACUUUCCUCUCAGCAGCAGCAGGGACAACAACAGCGGCCACCGGCAAUGCAGCUGCUGCCAGGUCAGCGCCCACCGCAGUCAUCUCAGCAGCAGUUGCAACCUCCUCCACCGCAGCAGCCAACAUCACAGCAGCUGCAACCUCCUCCUACGCAGCAGCCAGCUUUGCAGCCUCAACUCCCUCGGCAGCCAUCACCUCAGCGUCAAGUACCUGUGCAACAACCAACACAAGCUCCCCCGCAGCAACAGCCUCCUCCCCCUCAACAACAGGGGCCUUCUCAACAAGCGCAGCCGAUGAACAUUGAUCUCCCUCAGCAGCCACCGCCGCUGCUGCCCCCACAGCAACAUCAACCGCCGCAGCAGCAAGGUAUGUUCAACCGAGAGCUGCCGCCGCAGCAACAGGCUGUGCAGAGCCAGCAGCAGCCUGGAAUGCCUCCACAGAGUCAGGGGAUGUUUGGCCACCAACAGGGGCAGCAGGGUGCUUCCAGUCGGCAACAAGGGCAAUCGAAGCAGCAGCAGGAGCAACAGGAGCAACAGGAGCAGCAGAGAGAGCAGCUGAUGCCAGGCCAGAUAAUGGGGAUGCCAGAUGAGAUGCAGGGCUUUUCAGCAGCAGCAACAGCAUCAACAACAGCACCAGCAACAGCACCAGCAGCAGCAACAGCACCAGCAGCAGCAGCAGCAGCAGCACCAGCAGCAGCAGCACCACCACCAGCAGCAGCAGCACCAGCAGCAGCAGCAGCAGCACCAGCAGCAGCAGCACCAGCAGCAGCAGCACCAGCAGCAGCAGCACCAGCAGCAGCUGCACCAGCAGCAGCCCCAGCAGCAGCAGCCCCAGCAGCAGCAGCCCCAGCAGCAGCAGCCCCAGCAGCAGCAGCCCCAGCAGCAGCACCAGCAGCAGCACCAGCAGCAGCACCAGCAGCAGCACCAGCAGCAGCACCAGCAGCAGCACCGGCAGCAGCACCAGCAGCAGAUCCAACAGCAGCAGCAGCAACAGCAGCAACAGCAGCAACAGCAGCAACAGCAGCAACAGCAGCAACAGCAGCAGCAGCAGCAGCAGCAGCAGCAGCCACCACAGCCACAGCCACAACAGCAACAGCAACAGCAACAGGGAUCUAUCCCACAGCAUCAGCAGGUCCUUCCACCCUCCCAGCCACCCCAGGGUAUGGUGAUGCAACACCAAGGAAUGGUAUCGCAGCCACAGCCUCCCCCACAGAGACCACCACCGCCGGUUGGAUCGGCACCACAAAGUCUGACGCCUCAGCCAUCUAUGAUGCAAUUCCAGGGACCUGUUAGUCAGCCUCAGUAUCAGCAGCCGAGCAUGCAGAUGGGACCACAUGCAAGGAUGCCAACUGCUGAGAAGGCAGGUGGAGAUAUGGCGAGUGCAGGAGGUGUUACGGAUGAUGUGACGAGCUUGGGGAACAGUGUGAUGGGGGAUGGGAGUUCUGGCAGCAUGGGACUGAGCCAUCCACCAGUAAUUGCAAGGGUGCCUCCUCCUCCACCCCCACCUCCCCCACCUCCUGCAGGCAGAGAUGUGUCAGGCACGGCCAAUGGAUUGGGUUCAGCCACUAUAUCUGCCUCUGAUCG